AUGCCCUCGACGACGCUCGAGUUCGAUGCGAUAUUGUUCGAUAUGGACGGUACCCUCGUAGACUCCACCGCGGGCGUGGUCGGCGCGUGGUCGCUCUUCGCAGAAUCAUACCCCGGGAUUAACGUCCACGAAAUUCUCAGUUCCUCGCAUGGGGUGCGGACCGUCGAUAAUUUACGGAUACACUGUGGCGUGGAGGACCCAGAAGAGCUACAGCGAGAAGCCGUCCGCUUUGAGGAAGCCAUCGUCUCCACUUCGAGCCUAAAUGGCCGGAGAGGCAUCGUUGCGCUCCCAGGGGCGCACGAAAUCAUCGACGACCUUUUGUCUGUUGCCAAGUUCCCCAAGCCCCGCUGGGCGAUCUGCACGUCCGCGACGCGUAGUUACGCCUCAGCAGCGCUGAACCUCGCUGGCUUUCCAUUACCCGACGUCCUCGUAGCCGCAGAAGAUGUCACGAAGGGAAAACCCGAGCCUGACCCAUACCUGCUCGGUGCAAAACGAUGCGGAGUCCCGCCGGAGCGUUGUCUGGUCAUCGAAGACGCACCUUCCGGUGUUCGCAGCGGAAACGCGGCCGGAUGCAAAACCCUGGCUUUACUGACAACGCAUAGUCGCAAGCAAGUGGAGGAUUCGCAGCCUGACUUCAUUAUCAAGGAUCUGUCCAGCGUCAACAUGCGGAGAACAGAAAACGGCAUCGAGGUGGAGAUUAACAUUGCCAGUGAUUAA